CAGACACCGCGCAAUGCGUCUUACCGACGACCUCCACCUCUGCGGCCACCCGCUCGCGACUCCUCAUCGCGCAGAGCACGGCACGUAAACGCAGUCUUUGCCUGUCCUUACAGCACCUCUCUUCGAGCAACCCACGCAAAACGUUGACGAGCCCUUCCGUUGACAUCGCAGCCGCGUCCCCACCGGCGACGUCGAGCACCCUUCGCCCAUCGCCCGAUCAAGAUGGGCAUGAUGCGCGUGUUGCAGCGGGUGGGACGCUGCGCCCACAAUGCACCCGUCAUCAGCAAGCUCGCAGAGGCCGAAAAAGCCCACGUACGUCGGUCUCUCGACACCCGCUCUGGUGACUCGCCGUCGCACUCUGUCAAUACACGGUCUGCCUCUGCCUUUAUACCUCGCCAGCGGGACCCGGGGCAUUCAUCAGCAACCCAAGUCGCCGUCCACCAUUCGGGCGACGAGCGAGAUGAUGUCCGUUGUGCGGAAGCGAAUGUGGCGCGCGUUCGCAGCACUGCUGGUGCCACUGGCACGGACGCAACUAGAGGCGCGGGCACUGCGGGAUGCACGGCUCUGCUUAGGUGCGUGCGUGCGCGCUGCUCGGGCGCAGCUCGUGGACGCUCGAGCGCGGUCUCUGUGCUGGCGGCUGCUUCGGUGUCGCAGUGCGAGCAAGCGCAAGGUCAACGGCGGUGCACGUACGUGCAGUCUGUCCCGUCCCUUCCCUUCCCUUCCAACCGGGCUCUCCUCGCGACCGGUCAGCCAGACAGGCGAAUGCGGCGUGUCGUGCCAUGUACCGAUGCGAUUGGGAGGCAUCGUAUCAGCGGAUGCGGACAUCGUCUCACUUGCUGCGUGCUCACCAGCGGUCCAUGCAAUGGAGGAACAUACUCGCCUCCGAGGACGCCGUGCACGCGAGAGCGAGAGGUAUGCCUCCGCACCCGAGAAUUCCCUGCUAACGCGCACCGGACAUGCGCCGCGCCCUCGCCGUCCGUAGAGCUGUGCCCGCGUUCGAGUCCGCCUGUGGAGAGCAGCUGACGUUGCGACGGCGAGUGCUCUGUCUCGACGUCCGCGCGCUGUGUUUCGGCGGACGGGCAGCGCCGCGAGCCUUCAAACGGCGGUGGUGAAGGACCCCCCUAUUGUCAGAACGGCACGUAUGCGCUCGUGUCCGCACAAUCCGUCUGAAGCGCAAAUGUGCGGGCGGAGAUUCAGACGUGACGGAGGGUUGGACGCGCAGCGCGUGUAUUGCUGCUGCCUCUGCGCUACUUCCUGCGCGGCUGGUGGCUGCCUCGAGUGCCAGCCAUGUAGUCACACGGAACAUGUACAUAGUGUCGCGGCGAAUAAAUCUAUUGAUCCCAUGUACUAUACUGAACAUGAUUGUCGAGAAACAAAGCACGCUGCCACAGCGCGACGUCUCC